AUCACCCGUGUGGUUGACAAUAAAGGGACAGUUCUGUUUGCAAUGUUCAUGACUGUCUGGGCCACUGUAUUUUUGGAGGUAUGGAAGCGACACAGAGCUAAAAUUGUCAAUCAUUGGAAUAUGUACCAGUGGGAUGAAGAAGAGGAGGAAGUGGCUUUGGAGCUCAUCAAUAAUCCUGAAAAAACCCCUGAGAAGUAUCAGCAUUCAUAUAUCCGCAGUAUAAUUGUGCUUAUUUUAGCUCUUAUUAUGAUAUGUGUGCUGAUUGGGAUUGCCCAUGCCUUGGUCAUCUACAGGGUUGUGGUGACAGUAAUGUUUACUCAAUCCAACUCAAAAUUUCUUCAAGAGAAAGCCACUACGGUGGCAGUCCUGACAGGUGCAGUGAUGCACUACUUAAGCAUCAUCAUUAUGACCAAGGUGAACAAGUGUAUUGCACACCACCUCUGUGAACUAGAGAGGCCAAGAUCAUUCAGCGAGCGAGAGAAAAGCUAUACCAUCAAAGUCUUCACCUUCCAGUUCUUCACCCAUUUCUCUUCUCUGAUCUACGUUGCUUUCUUCUUAGGGAGGAUUAAUGGCCGUCCAGGAUCUUAUGUACGUGUGGCUGGCAAAUGGAGAUUGGAAGAAUGUCAUCCGAGUGGUUGCAUUACAGACCUUUUCAUUCAGAUGUUUGUAAUUAUGACAUUAAAGCAAACUCUCAGCAACCUCGUGGAGUACUUUCUUCCUUCCCUGACCUACAAGUGCCGCCUGCUGCACAGAAAGCCCCAUGUGGAGGAGACAUCCCAGGACUCAUGCAAGGAGGAAUGGCUAUGGAACUAUCAGCUCAAUGAAGUCAAUGUCUUCACCUUGUUUGAUGAAUACAUGGAGAUGAUGAUACAGUACAGCUUCACCACUAUUUUCGUGGCUGCUUUCCCCCUUGCACCAUUACUGGCCUUUAUCAGUAACUUUUUUGAGAUUCGGUUGGAUGCUAUCAAAAUGAUGAAACUGCAGAAGCGGAUGGUGCCUAAGAAAGCCAACACCAUUG